AUGCAGAGCCUAUACAAGGCUGCUGGCCGAAUUCUCAUUUCCCUGGGGGCUCUCAGUGUAUUCUCUGGAGUUAUCGCUUUCUUCCCUGUCUUUUCUUACAAGCUUUGGUUCACCGGAUGGAGUGUCUGGAUUGCUUGUCCCAUCUGGAAUGGAGCUUUGGCCAUCAUGACUGGUAUACUUCUGCUGUUGGCUCACAAAGAGUGGACCAAGAGAUACCUGUGGGAAACUAGUUUCACCUUUGUGAUUCUGAGUAUGAUGGGAUGUCCACUUCAUUUUGCAGUAGCCUUGGAAUCUGCUCUCCUUGGCCCAUAUUGCUUCUACUCAUUUUCAGGGAUAGCAGGGACCGAUUACCUUGGUUAUGCAGUUGCCUUUCCUUUUCCAUAUGCAAACUUCCCAUCAGCUUGUGUGGACCCACCACACUAUGAAGAGUACCACCUGACACUUCAAGUCUUCGACCUGUGCCUGAGCUUUGCCAUGCUCUGUGUGUCCCUGACAGUGUUCAUCAAGCUUUCUGCAGGACUUAUCUGGAAGAGACACUUACAUCCAAGCUCCUUUACGUGACAUUCAUGUGGGUGCAGCUCCUCUCCAAGAAUAUGGACUGACUAAGGGUCAAAAGAAUGAACAAUAAAUUUGAAGCAGUGAUCCUCUUAAAUUUGUUAUAUUUGUGGCCAUUAUUUUGAAAUAUUUGCAAAAUAAUUUUUAUCUUCAAACUUGUCCCUCUAUAUUCUUAUGAAAUAAAAAUUGAGAUAAUUGUACAUUGUAGCCCUUUUAGAUUGUU